CUACUUAAAUCGCUGGAAUGCUGUCGAAUCAUUCAGUCUUGUAUGAAAGCUUUCAAGUUUCAACCUCCUGUAACCAAAGCAUCAUCAUGUCUGGGCGUGGAAAGGGCGGCAAGGUGAAGGGGAAGUCCAAGUCCCGCUCCAGCAAGGCCGGCCUUCAGUUUCCUGUAGGAAGGAUUCACCGCCUUCUGCGUAAGGGCAACUUCGCCGAACGUGUGGGCGCUGGUGCGCCCGUGUACAUGGCCGCGGUCAUGGAAUACCUUGCAGCUGAAAUCCUGGAAUUGGCAGGAAAUGCCGCCCGUGACAACAAGAAGAGCCGCAUCGUCCCCCGUCACCUGCAGCUGGCCAUCCGUAACGACGAAGAGCUCAACAAGCUGCUGUCUGGCGUGACCAUUGCCCAGGGCGGCGUCCUGCCCAACAUCCAGGCUGUGCUCCUGCCCAAGAAGGCGGAGAAGUAGCUAACUCCCUCGGCUGCCUCUUUCGACGUCCUCGGCUCCUUUUGGAGCCACAAAAAC